UCCUUCCUUCCUUGUCCUACUCAAUCCAACUUUUGCGCCUCUGCCCACAACUUGAUGUCUCUCAUCAGUUUGUGCCUCUGUAACCGCGGGUACGCUAACAAACUAUUCUCGCAAAUUUUUAAAGCAAUUCAUGCCAAGUGGAAUCCCAGAUGGAAGCAGUAAAGGCUCAGGGUGUUCGUUCAGAAUCACAAGUGGAGGAUUUGGGGCGAUGCGUUGAUGAAAUUUCCACCACUGUCAAUCAGCUUGAGCAAAGAGUCAAUGAUGUUGAACAGUUCUACAUGACUACAGACAACACGCAGCUGACUGCUACCAAAUAUAGUUCUGUUUUUAAGGACAAAGUCAAGGAAAAACAGCUUACCAACAUUGAGAAGCAGCAGCAAGAAGCAUCACAUAGAGAGGCAGCUGCUGUGAAGAGAAUGCAGGAUCUUAUGCGUCAAUUUGCCACAAUUUUACGUCAGAUCACUCAGCACAAAUGGGCACAUCCUUUUAUGCAUCCUGUUGAUGUUGAAGGUCUUGGUUUGCAUGACUAUUAUGAGGUUAUUCAGAAGCCUAUGGACUUUGGUACAAUAAAAAGUAAGAUGGAAGCUAAGGAUGGUAUUGGCUACAAUAAUGUACGUGAAAUUUAUGCUGAUGUUAGAUUGGUUUUCAAGAACGCAAUGAAAUACAAUGAUGAAAGACACGAUGUCCAUAUAAUGGCCAAAACUUUAUUGGAAAAAUUUGAGGAGAAGUGGCUACAACUUUUGCCUAAAGUUGCUGAAGAGGAGAAAAGACAGGUCGAGGAGGAAGCAAAGUCACAGCUAGAUAUGAAGCUGGCACAAGAGGCAGCUCAUGCUAACAUGGCCAGAGAGUUGAGCAAUGAACUUUGUGAGGUUGAUUUGCAAUUGGAGAAACUCAGACAGAUGGUCAUCCAGAGAUGCAGAAAAAUGUCCACUGAAGAGAAAAAGAAACUGGGGACGGCUCUCACCCGAUUGUCGCCUGAAGAUCUUAGUAAGGCUCUGGAGAUAGUUGCUGAGAACAAUCCUGGCUUUCAACCAACAGCCCAAGAGGUGGAUCUCGACAUAGAUGCCCAGAGUGAAUUAACGUUGUGGAGAUUAAAGGUUUUUGUUCAAGAUAAACUUAAACUAGCUGGAAAGUGCUCUGAAGAUGUGGAUUGCAACAACAUAAAUAAUAAUGGGAAUACCAUCAAGAGCAACUCCAAACGAAAAAGAGAGAUAUCUGAUGCUCUUACAAAGAAUGCUAUAAAGAGGACUCGGAAGCUGUCUCCUAACUCAUGAUCAACUGUUGCGGCCUUUUAUUGUAGUGUUUUCAUGCUUAAACUUGGAUUUGAAGUUGCCCAGCUGCUAAAUGUUAGUAUAAAGUGUAAUCAAGUGAGAAUUUUAGUUUGCCGGUGGCACAACUCCUUACGAUUAUGUAAAGGUGCAUAGAUUACAGAACUUUGUAUUUUUUACCUUGUCAAUUAUUGGAGCAUUUAUUUGGUACAUAACAAGCGCUA